CACACCACACCCAUGGCCUGCAACACCUUCUGCCGACCCUGCGGACCCACCCCGCUGGCCAACAGCUGCAACGAGCCCUGUGCCCUGCAAUGCCAGGAUUCCCGUGUUGUUAUCCAGCCUUCCCCUGUGCUGGUGACCCUGCCAGGACCCAUCAUGACCUCCUUCCCCCAGAACACCGCCGUCGGAUCCACCUCCUCGGCUGCCGUGGGCACUGAGCUCAGUGUGCAGGGACAGCCCGUCUCGGGUGGAUUUGGUGCCUUUGGCUACGGCCUUGGCUAUGGCCGUGGCUUUGGCUACGGCCUGGGAGGCCUGGGCUGCUACGGCAGAAGGGGCGGCUACAUCUGCUGAGGGCCCUCAGCUCCACUCCUGACACCAACCACCCACUCCCUGCAACACAUCCCAGGCAUUGAGGACGCCUCUCUGGGCCAAGGCUCUCCAAGGGGCUCAGCACUUCCAGCUCCUGCUCUCAGGGCUCCAAGCAAGGCAGCACCAAGGGGCCAGCCCGGGCUCCCUGCAAACAUGGCCCAUCUGCCUCCUCCUCUUCUCCUGCUCCCUGUUCUGCAUCUCCCCUUUGUUUGUCUCCAGUCCUGUCUGGACAAAACACUUUUCCCAAACCAGAGACCAUCGGGCACCUCUGCUUUGUUCUUCCCCUCUGGGUCAGGAAUUCCUUGGUGAUCUGCCUAGACCUACUGCAAGCAAAGGAUCUGUGCCCAUGUUUGUCCUGUUGCACCUCAGACCAGGUCCAUUUUAUUUAUUUCUCAUGCUUUUUACUUUUUUUUAUUUCCUCAAUAAAGUUUUCCUGCAUCAUAGCCUCAGAUGACUCCUUGUUUUUUCUUCUCCCAAGACUUUUCCAGCCUCUCAUGGCCUGGACCCAGGUGUCAAUUGUCCAUCAGUUCCAGUGGGUUUUGGGUUUGGUGUUCACCCUCUUUCCAACAAAGAAUCACAUAAAUUAAAUUUCAAAAAAAAAUCAUUUUGAGAACGUACAAUGUGUGCCACACCAUCCCAACAGAGACAUGACCCUCCAAGGUGCCAAGACUUCUUCAGGGAAAUAUUUCAGCCCGAACAACCACUGGUGUCCUUUUUCCUUCCAGCACAUGGCACAAGCCCUUCCCUUGCCCAAAUCAAGGCUUGGCCACGGUUGUGCUCAUCCCCUUGGGGCUCAGGUGAAAUCUGCUGCUGUCAGAACAGCCCUGACCUCUCAGGGUUGUUGAUUCCCUGAGAUUCUCCUUGGGGUUGGUGUUCCCCAAGGUACUAAGGUUCCCCCAGGGUUGCUGUUCCCUAGGAGUUUCCCCUGGGUUGCUGUUCCCAGAGGUAAUAAGGUUUUCAGUCUUCUCUUUGCCCUAAGUGUUACACACCAGAGGUAGAGACGACAAGUUGAGUCCGCCAGUGCACAUUUCCAAGGUUGUUUAUUCUUCAUUAUCUCAGUCCUUUUUCAGCUCUGCCAGGCCUCCCUGGCAGGGAACCUCAUCUUAGUUCUUUCUCAGCUCUGCAAGGCAUCUCCGCAGAGCAGGACACGCGGCUGGACUGGCCGGAUCAGAGAGCCCCGCACCUUAUGUACGGUACCCCUGACCCAACCACGUCCAAAAUGUGCUUUUUAUUUACAAAAUUGUACCAAUACUUACUACCUAUGCUAACAUGUAAUUUCUACUCUAAACCAAUCUCUAAAAUCCAACUCAGCAGAAAAUGGGGGACGAGAGCAAGAAAAAGGAGCACAGGGGCCACUCCCCAAUUCCUCCAUCUUGCCUCUUCAACCCCAUAUACUGAGAAUCCUAGAUUCUACAUUUACAUUCUAUGAUAAACUAAAUACUACUUAUUUUGAAUUCUCCCAGCUUGUGAUUCUUCAUACAAUGUGGGCAUUCACUCCCAUGGCCAGGGAUCAGAGGCAGUGUCCUCCUGGGCUCUGUGUGAGGCUGGUUGACCCCCUUGUACAGAUCCCAGACCCCCCUGUCUGGUCUCCAAAUCCUCCAGGGUGGCCAGAGGGAUGUCCUGGACUCCAACACUGACCGACCUCCUUCCCCCAACACCACUCACGAUCCACAAGGAGACACGGAAAGGAAUGCUGGAGGCAGAGUGGAACAGGAGAGGAGAGAAAGGAAGUGGGAAAAUGUGUUACUCCUCUCCAUGGGUUCAGCACUGACUUUGGUGUCCCCAUCCCAUAACCUGUAAGGCACCGACCAAACGCGUUCUGGUCCCUUUUCCACAGGGACUGAUGCCUUAAGGUUUAACUUUCUAAAGAAAAAAAAAACAUUUUUCACAUUCUGUGCUGCCUAGCUGUGUAAAUCUGAGCCUCACAUUCAGUGUUAGUUCUCUUCAGGCAGACAAAACAACCCUUUUCCAGCUGGAGACCAAGGACAACCAUUACAUUUUCAGGCUGAGAAAAGCUUAAACAACAGAGAGCUGAGGGGAGAGAAGAAGGAGGACAGAACUUCAUUACCUGAAGCUGUAAUUGGACAAUUAACCCCAAUAUUCAAACAGACCAAAACUCAUAAAAGUGUGAAACCUUGUGACCCGUCGUCCAUUCUGUGACUGUUUUGGAUCCAUCUUGGCUGUAGCCCUGGCCAGGUUCUUG